AUGAAAAAGAGGAAUACGCUAAGCACAAGCUAUGGGCGCUUGAAGGGACGUGUGAGUCGUUAUGAUAUCAACAGUUCAUAUAAUGUAAAUGAGCAUAAAAAUAAUAAAAACAGUGUACUAGAAGAAAUAAAAGAUUAUAAAACUGGUGAAACAUCACAUGAUAAUAUAAAUAGUAGCAACAUAAAUAGUAACAACAUAAAUAAUAGCAACAUAAUUAAUAAGAACAUAAAUAAUAAUAACAUAAAUAAUAAUAACAUAAAUAAUAAUAACAACAUAAACAAUAACAACAUAAACAAUAACAACAUAAACAAUAACAACAUAAGUAAUAAUAACAACAUAAGUAAUAAUAACAACAUAAGUAGUAGUAAUAAUUGUGCACUUGUAAAUUCUUCCAACACGAUUAAUAACAACCUGAACAACGUUAAUAAUAUAAAUAAUAAAAGCUAUAGUAUUAAUAAGAGCACUUACCAAAGUUGUAAUAAUAAAUAUAAUAAAAACGGAUUUGUUUAUGAUUAUAAUACUUAUUAUACAAAAAAGAGUUCUGAUUUUAAGGGCAAAUUAGAAAACGAAAAUGAAAGCAUGAAUUCUGAUGGGAAUAAUGAUGUGACAAGGAUAAACUCUAAUCAUAGUAACAACAUGGUAUUAAACGAUCUUAAUAAUAGUAUGAAUAGUUUAAACAUUCCAAAGGAUAAUAAUAUAUCUCAUGUAAAUAAUAUGACUUCUAUAAAUAAUAUGAUGAAGGGAAUUAAUAAUAGGAAUGAUUCAGUCAACCCACAUAUGUACAAUGUAAAGAACUUAAAAGACAUACGUUUAUAUAACCAUAAAGAAAAAAAGAAUGUGAAUGAAGAAAAUGUAAAUGUUGAUUAUGAUAAUGAAGAAAAGAAUUUAGUAGAAGGACAAAAUGAUUAUGAUAAAAGAAAUGAAAAAAAAAAAGAGGAUGAUGAUGAAGACGUAGAUGAAGUUGAAGAGAAAGAAGAAGAGGGUAUGAAAUUAUUAAGAGAAAAGAUAUGUUUUAAAAUGUUAAAGAGUAUAGAUAUAUAUAUUACUGAAAUAAUUAUGAAAUCUUGUUUUGUUACUGUAUACAAGAUGAAAGAUGAUGAAUUGAAAUGGAAAAGAGCAGAUAUUGAAGGGUUUCUAUAUAUAGUUAAAAGAUCUAUAAAACCAUAUUACCGUUUAAUAAUUACAAAUAAAAAAAAUGAAAAACAUUUAUUACAAGAUAUUGAUACGAACAUGAAUUUGUCUACUGAUCAAAAUUAUAUUUUUUAUAGAAUUAUAAAUGAAGAGACCAAUGUGAGAAACAUUUAUAGUUUAUGGUUUUAUAGUACUGAAGAAAAGGAACAAAUAUAUAAGGUAUUAAAAAAUAUUGUGGAAAAAGCAUACCAAGAAAAGGUAGGAAUUACUCAAGAGAAUACAAAUAACAUGAGCAACAUGAAUAAUAUAUCUAGUGUAAAUAAUAAUAGAAAUAGUAUAUUAACAAAUAUAGGAUCUAUUAAGAAUGGCAGUGUAACCAUGGAAGAAAAAUUAGAAAUUAUAUCUGAACAAAUGAGGAAAAUGUCUUUACGACCGGAGAAAAAGGAAUCUCAUAAGAUUAUACAAAAUGAACAUAUAGAAGAUAAUAACCACAAUAAUGACAAUAAUGACAAUAAUGACAAUAAUGACAAUAAUGACAAUAAUGACAAUAAUAACAAUAAUAACAAUAUUUACAAUAAUAAUAGCCAUAUCGCUAGUUCUAAUUUUUUGAAGAAAUCAAGUUUAGAAACAAACCUUAUAUCUCCUAACAUAAUAAAUAAUAGUACCAUUAUUAACCAAAUUAAUAAUAUGACAAGCUUGAAAAAUAUGAAAUAUAACAAGAUGCUUCCCCUCAAGCCUGAUUACAAUGUGGGCAAUGAUAAGGAGCACAUAUUAGAAUUAAUAAAAAACAAAAAUGAUAUUGAAAAUAUUAAAAGGAAAAUAAUGAGUGAUGCUGAUAAUACUUUUCCAGACGCAUACUUGAAUAAUUACCACGUGGGUAUUAUAAAUAAUAUGAACAAUAUGAAUAAUAUGAAUAAUAUGAAUAAUAUGAAUAAUAUAAACAAUAUGAAUAAUAUGAAUAAUAUAAACAAUAUGAAUAAUGUGAAUAAUGUGAACAAUAUGAAUAAUAUAAACAAUAUGAAUAAUAUAAACAAUAUAAACAAUAUAAACAAUAUGAAUAAUAUGAACAAUAUAAAUAAUGUUAAUAGUUUACCUGCCAUAAAUAACAGUAAUAAUAAUAAUCAAAGUGGAAAUACCAACAUAUAUAAUCAAAAUAUAAAUGUAAGUACUAAAAAAGAUGAAAAAGCAGGUAGAAAACUUCUUUAUCUUAUUAAAGGUCUUUCGAUGGUACAUGAUAAGAAUACGGAACAAAACAUUAUGUUGAACGACGAAAUAAAUAAUAAUAAAAGUCCUAAUAUAUUAAAUAAAAGUUGUAUAGAUAAUAAUAAAAAUAAUUUAGUACAUAAUGAAAUUAAUUCAAAGAAAGGAGGUGAAGCUAUCAUGAGCUUAUUAGGGCUCAGUAAAAAUGUUGAUACAAAAUUAGAUGAUGAUAAGAAAAAAAACAAAAAGAAAAAAAAAAAUAAUUCUAUGAAUAGUGUGUUAAGUAGUAAUAAUAAUAAUAUGAUUGAAAAUUUUGACAAUAUGAUUGAAAAUUUUGACAAUAUGAUUGAAAAUAAUAAUGACAAUAUGAUUGAAAAUAAUAUUAAUUAUUAUAUUAGUCAUAAUAAUGUUGAUAAAAACGUUGGAGAUAUUAUUAACCUUAAGAAUGCCCACGGAAAUUUAAAUCAAAAUAUUAUGUAUAACAACAUUUGUAAAAAAAAAGAAAAUGGUAUUGGAAACAUGGUGAAAUAUGAAAAUGUCUUACAUAAUAAUAGUUCUUUUAAGUAUUCUAAAAAUUUAAAUAAAUAUGAGAAUGAUGAUAUUGUGACUUUGUAUAAUAAUAAUCAUAAUCAUAACCAUACUUUAGGUAUGUUAAAUGAAGGAGAAGAAAAAGAAAUGACAACAGCCUUAUUAAAUAUUAUAAAAAUGAAAUCAAGUAAAACAAAUGUAAAUAACAUAAAUGAGCUGAAUAAUAUAAAUGAAUUGAAUAAUAUAAAUGAACUUAAUAACAUCAACAAAUUGAAUAACAUGAGUAGACAUAACGAUAAUAAUGUGGAAAGCAAUAUGUUAAACCCUUAUAAUACAAAUUCUUAUAAUGUUCUAUUAAAAAGGAAAAGUGAAAUAGAAAAGGAUGAAAAAAAAAUUAUUAAUAUGAUCGACAACAACAAUAAUAACAAGAACAACAACUAUAAUAUGAAUAAUAAAUCAAGUUUUAAUAAUAAUAAUAUAAAUAACUCUCAUAAUAAUGGAUCUCUCUUUGAAGAAACAAAUCAUGUCGUCAAGUAUGAAAAAAAUAAUAAUAAAUAUGAACAUACAAAUAAUAAUAUGAGUACAAAUUCCAGCAGUUGUAAAAAUAAAAGUAUAACGUUAAAUAGAAAUACGAUACAUAAUAUAAUUAAAGAAAUAUUACAAUCUGAUGAAUUUAUAGAUUUGUUGUGGAACAAAUUAACAACCAAUCAGCACCUUUCUUAA